AUGUCAAAGAUUCCACAAAGGACUCGCCUCGUUAAAUGGUGGCCGAUCGGCUUCGCCAUCGCAGCCGUCAUCUUCCUCGCCACCGGAGCAGCCCUCCUCGGCGUAGAACUCAGGGCACCGUACUCACCCGACUUACCCUGCAACUCUUAUUCCUACUACUACAGUUAUAUCCAUGGCCACUACUGCGAAGAUGGAGACGACAGCAAGUUUUACGCUGGUGUUGUCUGUAUCGGCAUCGGAGGUCUCUUGAAGCUCAUUGCCUGGAUCCUGUUCGUCAUCUGGUGUGUGAAGCGCCCCCGUAUCCAGCAGACCAAUAUUACCCAUACGAACAACGCACCGGUCGAAGACCCACCGUCCUAUGAUACACUUCAGCCUGUGUACUCUAUGAAACAGGGUGCUCCUUUCGCUCCGGAGUCUCCUGCCUCUCCGGGUCCUAUGUAUGUUGAGGCUGCUGUGACUCCUCCGUCAAAGGAGGGCGUGGCAUCGGCUACGGCUUAUGAGAGUUGCAGUCAAUGA